AUGGCCCCGCCCACCGAGGCCGGACCUGGGCCUCCCGCGAGCCGGGCGAGCGACUGCGCGUGCGCUGCCAGUGAUGAAAAGACUGACAGUGAGAAUUAUGUUGAAGAAUCCAGUAAAUCUUCCUCUACUGUUUCACAGAGAAGAAAGAGAAUAUCAAGUACUCCUACUCUGGUUAAGCCUGCUGUCAAUGUUCCUUCAGAAUCUCAUCCCUUAUCUACAGUUAAUCAAGAAGUUCCACAACCAAACCCUGUUUCAACAAAAGAGAAACAGCCAUGUUCAGACAGAUACCGAUUAUAUAAAGCCCAGAAACUAAGAGAAAUGUUAAAAGAAGAAUUAAGAAAAGAGAAGAAGCAAUGGAAAAACAAAUACGCCAUAAAUGAAAGUCAGAAGCCACCAGAUCGUUCAAAAAUGACUAUGAGAGAUUUCAUAUAUUACCUGCCAGAUAACAAUCCAAUGACUUCUUCACUGGAGCAAGAAAAGAAAACUGAAAAAUCAUUGACGCCAGUCCAGACAAGAGAGCAAGAAGGUAAGAGUACUCCUGAUACGGCAGAUAAUGAAGAACUAGAAGAAGAGGUAGAUGACGGUCCAUUGCUGGUUCCUCGAGUAAAAGUGGCAGAAGAUGGUUCCAUUAUUUUGGAUGAAGAAAGUUUAACUGUAGAAGUUUUAAGGACAAAAGGCCCCUGUGUGGUUGAGGAAAAUGACCCCAUAUUUGAGCGUGGUUCUACAACUACAUAUUCCAGCUUUAGGAAGAACUAUUAUUCUAAACCAUGGUCAAAUAAAGAAACAGAUAUGUUUUUUUUAGCCAUCAGCAUGGUAGGAACUGACUUUUCUAUGAUCGGACAGCUUUUUCCUCACAGAGCAAGGAUAGAAAUUAAGUUCAAAGUGAAAAAAGUUGCCAGUGAAGGAGGAAAUGAUGAUCCAGAUGUGUCUCCGAGCACCAAAAUUUCAGACACAGAAUCACCUCAAAAGGAUGCUCAGAUAGUUGAAGAAGAACAACAGUCUCAGACUUUAACAGGACAGGAUUCAGAACAGAUUGCAUUAGAACCAAACCUAAAUCAAAAGAAAAGAAGAAGAAAGAAUCAGGAUGAAGUUGGUAAACAGGAAGUAAAAAAUCUUUCAGGAAAUGCCACUGUUCAGUUAGGUCAUUCUAAAGGAGAAAAAUACAAAAAUAAAGGUCAGUCUUUAAGGCCUGAGAUAAAUGAAGAUGAAGUCAAUAAGGAACAGAAGCUUUCUUGCAUACGAAACAUGGAUGACAUUGUGGAUUUAUCCUCCAGUGAAAAAGCUGAGAAAAGAGCUGACCCUAUCCUUUUAUCAAGGUAUUUUUCUAUACCUUUACUGACUUUGUUUACAUCUUCUAUCAUUAAACUUUAUGAAGGCUUACCCCAACUCAAGGUUAUAAAAGAAUUCAUCCGUGUUUACUGUGUGGCUUUAUUUAACUCUGAUGCAUUGGAACAUAUUAUGAGUACAGUGGAAACUGAUCAGUCAGGAAAUGUUAAACUGAUGGGAAGAAGACAACUACAGAGACCCAAACCCAAUUUAUCAAGGGCAGUUGGGAAGAAAUCUGUUCUUUCACAAGGUAAAACAGAUGCGGAGAACAAGAGUUUACGUGCAGAAACUUCAGUUGAAAAGAAUCAUAUGGAAAAGGAUAAAGUGAAAACAUUGGACAUUUCUGGAAUGGGGAAUACAGAGAGAGAGAACCCAGAAGCUGAGACUGUAUCUACUUCUAGUGAAAAAAUUGGUCUGCAGGAAGAUGAUCAAACGAAGGCUGUCAGACCAGCACGACUAAUGAGGGGCCGAUUGCAAAGGCCGAAGCCAAAUGUAGGUAAAGCUGCUGAAAGAAAAGAAAUUCUUGCAUCACAGGAAAAAAUUGAGGCCAAUGUAAAAAAGAGUGAAAGUCAAUCCUGUAUUACUAGAGAUAGUCCUGAACAAGUAGAAGAUCAGUCAUGUAAAAAUGUUGACUUUGAAGACAUCACAUUACAAUCUGAGAAAGAAGAUAAUUUUUUUCAAAUGAACGUUAAUGAAUGUGUAAGUAUUCAAGAAGAUAAUAAAGUCCCAGUUCUAAAGACUCGAUUUCAGAAACCAAAGCCAAAUAUAGGAAGAGGAGCUAGAAGAAGAGAAGUUUUCUCAAAGGAAGAGGUGUCAGAGGAGAUUGUUGCAUCUGGGCAAUUCACAGCACCUUUGAGAGAAAUUACGAGAGUGGAAGAAACCUUACCAAGGGAGAGGGUAUUAGUGGAGGCUAAUACUACUAAGGAAAUGGAGUCAUAUUUAAAAAAAACUGAAAGAGACAACUCUCCUAGAGAGAAGAUACCAGAAAUGAUGGACAACACUGUAGAUAUGGAGACAGAUUUGAAAGAAACUGGAAGAGAGGUUUCGCCAAGGGACACUAUAUCAGAGGUGUCUGAUGUCACUGAGGAAAGAGUGACAGAUUUGGAAGAAACUGGAAGAGAGGUUUCCCCAAGGGACACUAUAUCAGAGGUGUCUGAUGUCACUGAGGAAAGAGUGACAGAUUUGGAAAAAACUGGAAGAAGAGAAAUAUCCCUACAGGAAAAUACCUUGGAGGUCAGCACUACAGAUGAAGUAGAAACAGGUUUAGAAGAAACUGGAAGAGAGGUUUCCCCAAGGGACACUAUAUCAGAGGUGUCUGAUGUUACUGAGGAAAGAGUGACAGAUUUGGAAGAAACUGGAAGAAGAGAAAUAUCCCUACAGGAAAAUACCUUGGAGGUCAGCACUACAGAUGAAGUAGAAACAGGUUUAGAAGAAACUGGAAGUGAGGUUUCUGUAAGGGAAAAUGUACCAGAGAUGGUUGAUGCUACUGAGGACAGAGAAACACAUUUGGAAGAAACUGAAAGAAGAGAAAUAGACACAGAAGGAAAGGCCCCACAGGUCAAGACUCAAGGUGAAAUGGAGACAGAUUGGAAAGAAAUUGAAAAAGGAACUUCCCUGAGGGAAAAGGUACUAGUGGGGAUCAGUGCUGUAGGGGAAAGGGAGAUUGAUUUUAAAGAAACUGAAGAAAGAGACCUUUCUGUGAUGGAAGAGGUAUCAGGAAAGACGACUGCUACUGAAGAAACAGAGGCGGAAUCAGAAGAAACUGGAGGAGACAUUUCCCUGAAGAAAAGCAGAUCAGAAGAGAUUAAUGCUCUUGAAGAAAUGGCUGCAGAUUUGGAAAAAACUGGAAAAAUAGACAUUUCUCUAAGGAAAAAUGGAGAAGAAGAGGCUGGGACCUCAAGACAAAUGGACACAGAUUUAAUGCAGAGCAGUAGUAGUUGCUGCAGCACUAUGCCUUCACUAAAUAUCAAAAACGUUAGCAGUGAAGUACUAUCCAUGGUGUGUACACCUGAAGAAGAAAAAAGGAAUUCUGAAAAGGAACUGUCAGGUCACUUGAGUUGUUUGAAGACUUCUUUGCAGACUUCUGAACUUGAUAAAACGGAAGACCAGGGGAUGCUCUCUCCAGAUGUUCCAGAGCAGUUUUCAGAUAUUAAUUUAAGCAAAUCUCUUCCUCAAGAGCAGAAGCCACUUGAAGUUAAACCAGCACCUUUUGUGAGAAGUCGAUUCAAAAGACCAAAACCAAACUUAGCAAGAGCAACUUUAAAGAGAGAGACUACAGUAGCAGAAAAAUACGUAUCUGGGAAGAAAUUGGAAACUGAUAAUACUGAGACUGUUGUGGUACAGCAGAGCAGUGAACAGAUAAACACUCUCCCUUCUCAACAUGGUGUGGCUUCCCUAAUGACAUCAAGAGAAAAAGACACAUCAGGUCACAGGGAGGAGGAGUCUGUAAUAUUACCAUGUAUACAGACUGAAAAGGACCUUUCACCUUCGAGUUCUUGUGAUCCUAAAGAGAUGUCUCAGCCUACACAGGCCCAGGAAAAGGAAUUAGUUGUUUCUACGGGGGCUCAUAAUACAAACACUUUGCAGCAAGAAGUGAAGGAAAGCGUUAUCCCAACUGCUCAAACAGUAAGGAGCCGAUUUCAGAGACCCAGACCAAACAUAAGAAAGACUGGACAGAGGCAAAUAGAAAAAGGUGAAGCUGAAGGCAUAAUUAAGGAAGAAAGAACGAUAGUACAAAAAGAUGAAACUAAAAAGUUCUUGACUCUGCCAAAUUCUCCAGUUGGAACUGAAAUUGAAGUUGUAUCCUCCAAAGUUUCAGAGUCACAGUAUGAAAACCAGAGUCACAUGGUUCUUGUAGAACCUCUUCAUCUUAACAAAAUAAAUGUUUUAGAUGAAAAGAUGAGACAUGAACCUAAAAGGUCUGUUCCUAGUCCAGCACAUUUGGUAAGAAGACAAUUCCAAAAGGCUAAGCCAAAUUUGGGAAGAGCACAUGGUAAGAAAGAGGAACCAGGCAUAGAAAAAGACAGAGCAGAUCAGAGUGAGGCAAGGAAGCCAGAAGAUAAUUUGCUGCAGCCAGGAGAUUCUGACACUCAUCUCCUUCAAAAAGAAAAGGCUGAGUUUCUGACAUCUUUGGAGGUUUCAGCAAGAAAAGAUUGUGUAGAUUCCACAGAGGCUAGUUUGGCCAAAAACAAUGCUCAUUCAGAAGUUGGACCAUCAGGAAGCGUUGGAGAAAAAACUGUAGGGGAUAAAUCUGUGUCUUCAGUUGCUGAAGAGCAGUGUCUCAGUAAACUAUCAAGCUCUCCACAGCUGUUAAAAGAAUCAAAUUACUCUAAAAUUGGUCUGGAUCGAAGAGCAACUGUCUCUUCUGCUUCUGAGUGUGAGGUGGAUCAUAGCGGGAGGAGAAUGCAUCGCAAGAUGAAACCAAGUGUCACCAGAGGGCGUGGAUCAAAACGAGUUCGAAGUAAGACCUCUAAGAAGGAACCUCGAGCUUCCAAGGCCACGCUGGUGACUCUUCGGGCUUCGCAGGAAGAAGAUGAAGAUGAUGAUGAAGAUUUUGAGCCUGAUUAUGAAGACGAAAGUUACCAUCUUGCUCCAGAAGAAGUAAACAAAGCUCCAGUGUUUGUUCCCAUUGGUCUCAGGUCUCCCGAACCUGUUUCUGCUCAGAUCGAGGAAACGAUGGAAGAGCUUGAAAUAACUGUGAAUGUACCAGAUAUAGGCAUAGCUGUUGUUGAACAUCCACUCUCAAACACAAAUGUGACUACUCAGGAGAUGAAACAAGAAGAAAAUUUGAAGGCAUUAUCUGUUGAAAUGAACACAGGUGAACAUGCCCAAGAUGAAACAGGUACCAAUGAUGGAAGCACUGAAGCUGCUAUAACUUUACUUACAAUGGGAGAUCUAGUGUUGCAAUCAGAGAUCGGUACAGAACAGAGUGAUGGAGUAUGUGUACUUCUUGAUGUUCAUUCAAAGGAUAAAAGCUGUGUUCCUUUUAGCCCAGAUAAUGUAAAUCACAAAAUUGUUCGUGAAUGUCAGGAACUUUCUUCACCUGUCAAUAGUACAUCUCCUUCUUCAUUAGAAGAAAACAAGAUUGUAUUGGAAGAGCAAAGUACUAAAGAAGAAAUUGGUUUAGUGGAGAAAGUAAAGGAAAACGCUGUAUCAACCAGGAAUACAACUUUUGAAGUGACCGGUAAUUUGAGAAUGAGAAGUAGAUUUGCUAAGCCUAAACCAAAUCUUAAGACUUUUGGGACCAGCAGGUUUGGUGUUCAUCAGGAAGUUCCCAAUUUGUUUGUAAACAAAGAAGUAGUAGUAGAAAGUCAAAGAGAUUGGAAGGAGCCAUGCUGGAGGCAAGGAGACAGGCAGUUUGCUUCCAUUCAGAUGUCACCUACUAAUAGUACAAGAUCUGCUGGUACACCAACUAGUAUGCUGGAAGUUCAACAAGAGAAUGUAAUCAGUUCUCAAGACUUAACAGUGAAUCUAGUUGCUAAUGUACAUCAAGAUGGUGAGGAUGAACAAGCAUUCAUUUUAACUCUGGUGGAAAUCCCAGCCAAUGCUGUAGAAGAAUUUAGUGAUACCACUGCACAGUUAAUGCCAAACCCUUUACUGCCAGCACCCAUAUUGAUCAAAUCCGUGAAUACAGAAGAAAGGAGUGACAUGAGUUUUCCAGUAACUUCAGUUGGUCAGGAUACCAUGUGUUUAUGUGAUUCUGGAAAAGAUGGUUCUGAAAAGCCUCCUCCUGCUAAUUUGGAUCUUAUAUCUAGGAAGAGAUUUCACUAUAUGCUUGAUGAUAGUAACCAUGUUCCUCCUGCCAAAAAAAGUUUGCUCACUUCAGGAGAUGACUGUCAAAAUUAUACCUCUGAGGUGUGUUCAAAGGAAAUGAUAAAUGUUUCUGAGGAAACAGGGGAGUCUUACAAGGAACAAGGUAUCUUCCCUACCUCAGGAAGCACACAUACAACUCCAGGACCUCAGAAAGAGCAACUUGAACCAACUUCUCAGAGUAUAGGAUCUGGAUCUCUUGAUAAAGUAACAGAUACACAUAUAGGAAAAAGUACAUCUCAGUUACCUCAGGAUGAGAGGAUUGUGUCUGAUAAGGAGGAGAGAACUUGUGCUGCUUCGAAGUCUGAACAAAUGGAUAGCAUCCCAUCAUCUUCAAAAACCCCAUUAUCCAGACCUGGCAGAAGACCCCUGGGAUUUUUGUCUUUAAUAUGUUCAAAGAAUAGUUUGGAGUCUGAUGAACCUACUCAGGUUUAUAAUAAGAAACGUCUAAAACCUCUUAUACCUAUACCAAGAAAGAAUUUGAAAAGAUCAAAUCCACUCACUGAAAGCCAGAAGAAAAUCCAAGAGUCCUCUGAUCAGCUUCCAUCUGCAAGCGUUGUUGAUACUCCAUCUGAGAGUAUUGGCAGUUCAGCAACUCAGGUUUCUUGUGAUCCUCCCUUACCAAAAGAAGAAUGUAAAAGUGGCCAAAACCGGGGACCUGAAGAGGAGCCAACCACAGUCUCUGAAUAUUUCUUUAGUGAUAUCUUUAUCGAAGUAGAUGAAACAGAAUAAAAGUCUUUUUUU